AUGUCGAUCGUCAAUAUCCUAAGCGUGAAUGUCUUGAACAAUCCAGCCAAGUUUUCAGACUCGUACAAAUUCGAAAUCACUUUUGAGUGCUUAGAACCGUUGAAAAGCGACCUGGAAUGGAAAUUAACGUACGUGGGUAGUGCUACAUCUCAAAGCUAUGAUCAAAUUUUGGACACGCUUUUGGUGGGACCUAUUCCUAUUGGAAUCAACAAGUUUGUUUUUGAAGCAGAUCCACCCAACAUCGACUUGCUUCCAGAACUCAGCGAUGUAUUAGGAGUUACAGUGAUUUUGCUGUCUUGUGCUUAUGAGGAAAACGAAUUUGUUCGCGUUGGUUAUUAUGUAAACAACGAAAUGGAGGGAAUCAACUUGCAAGAAAUGGAAGAUACCGAAAUCAAGAAAGUCAAGGUUGACAUUUCAAAAGUAUGGAGAAACAUCCUAGCCGAGAAACCAAGGGUGACAAGGUUCAACAUUCAGUGGGAUAAUCCUGACUUUGAUGAUGCACCGCCUGUUCAUCCAGAAGCCGAGGAGGAGGAGGAAGAAGAAGAGCCAGAGGAGGCCGACGAGGAACUCGAAGAGGACGGGGAACCCGAGGAAGAAGACGAAGACGAGGAAGAAGAUGCUGGUGAUGAGGAGGAAGAAGAAGAAAUUGAUAUCGAAGACGAAGAAGAACCUUCCACCUCCCAACCUCAAAAUCCCAAAAAAGAAUCUAAAGCUCCCGAUUCCACCGAGAAACAGUAA